UAAGUCUGCGUCAAAUCUUGCAAAAUUUAGUCCGUCUACCUUGUUCGAUAAUUCAACGUUGGUUUUUUAAUAUCUAAAUAAUAUUUUUGUAUUAUAAAUUAGAAAUAUUUACAAAAUGCCUACUAAAUACAAGUUAACGUAUUUUAAUGGACGUGGUAGAGCUGAGUUAUCUAGGAUGAUAUUCAAUGUUGCAGGGAUUAAAUUCGAAGAUGAAAGAAUCGAGUUUGCUGACUGGCCUGGACGUAAACAAGGGACGCCACAAGGUUCAUUACCGGUGCUGGAAAUCGAUGGGAAGAAAAAGAUAUGUCAAAGUUUUGCAAUUGCACGCUUCUUAGGAAAUGAAUUUAAUUUAUACGGGAAAGGAAACUUAGAGAAGGUCAUGGUAGAUCAGAUACUGGACACUAUAUUAGACAUUUUUACCCCAUAUGCAAGCAUAGCAUUUGGUAAGGACAGCGAGGAUGAAAAGAAAAAGAAGUUUGAAGAGUUUGAAACAAAGACGUUACCUACGGUAUUAGGCAAUAUAGAAAAGCUUGUUGCAGAAACUGGAAAGAAAGGUUUUGCUGUAGGAGACUCGCUGACGAUUGCCGAUCUAGCAUUGUAUGUUUACAUUGAAAACUGCAAUGCACUCACAAAAGUACCUAAAGAUAAAUAUCCAUGCCUGGCUGCUAAUCUUGAGUCAACUGCUAAACAACCAAAGGUAGCAGCACACUUGAAGGCACGUCAACAAACCCCCUUCCCCGCGCAAGUCACCGAACAAGUUGCCUCAAUACGAGUUAACGUCUUAAUUAAAAAGCGUCAACUGUUGCACGGUGGACCGUUCUUAAACGGAAAGAUGGCGACAUACAAACUGACGUAUUUCAACGGAAAGGGGAGAGCUGAAAUAUCAAGGCUGGUGUUUGCUGCUGCAGGCAAGUCAUACGAAGAUAAGAGAAUAACAUCAGCUGAUUGGCAAACUCUUAAACAAGAAAUGCCUCAGGGGACUGUUCCUGUGUUAGAAAUAGACGGCAAAAAGAAGAUCUCACAGAGUUUGGCAAUUGCACGUUACUUGGCGAGAGAAUUUAAUAUGUAUGGUAAAGACAAUAGCGAGAUGGUGAUGGUGGACCAAAUCAUAGACACUUGUGCCGACGUGUUACCAGCACUUAUAAAGAUCAAAUUCAACCCAGAUAAAGAAGAAUCGGCUAAACAAAAAGAAGAAUUUGACAAAACAACUUUACCAAAACAUUUAGAAAUGCUGGAAAACCUGGUAAAAGAGACAGGACAGAAUGGUUUCGCAGUUGGGCAAUCGUUGACAUUGGGUGACCUAAUUUUGUACAAUGCCAUUGAAAAUUACACAGUGGGCAACAUGCUAGACAAAUAUCCUCUCCUGGCAGCAAAUCGUAAGAAGGUGGGGGAGCUACCUAGAAUGAAAGAAUAUUUAAAAUCUCGCCCUGAAACAUCAUUUUAAAACAUCAUAUGAAAUAAGUAAUGAUCUGAAUAUUUUAUUUUACGACUUCACUUUGUUAUUUUUGUUUUAUAUGUCAUGUUUUAAAGAAACAUUCAUCAUCAAUAUUGUUCUUUAUUAUUUUUUUUAAAUCAGCCAAGAGUAUAAAAAGUGACUAAUACUGCCAUUCAAAUAGAAAGAUAACAUAUUGAUCUCUUUACCCAAUAACUUUACUGAUUUAAGCAAUUUAUUUAUUAUUGUUUUUAUGUGAAAAUAAUAUUGAAAUAGAAUAGAAAUAUUUCGUCUUCA